CUUAUUCUCUCCAUGUGACCCGAGUUGUGUGCAUCUUCCACCUUUGUUUCAUGGACCUCGUCCCUGUGUAAACGUCUGUUGCUUUGGCUUGCGAGGGGCUUGGAUACAUUGUUUCCUAUGCUGUGCUUGAGAGAAGUGAAGCAGAGGAUAGUUCCCCUUCCUACGCAUCCCAUCAGCCGCACGUCAUCUCGGCAGCAAUGGGCUCAACACAAUUAGGAAUUGUCAGCUUAUUUAUUUGUUUACGUAUUUCUCCAGGAAUUAAAUGCUUGUCUGCUUGUUUUGUUAUAUCUCUCUCCCAAGACGCGGGAUUCGCCACGUCUUGGCCAGAAGAUCAACGUACAGUCUCAUGGCUGUCAACCUCUUUAUCAGUGCUCAAUUCAGACCUCAUUGGUCACCCUGUGCUUAUACAUAUCAACGUUCAUCCUACAAAGUCCCAUCACAGCGGAGAAACACAAAUCGUCCAGCAUGUAACUAAACAAAACAAAUAAUGUAUUUUGACAUGGGGAUGCACACUCAUGUUGAUUUUGUUGUUGUCCGUAUUGAAACAGCUGUACGUCGUAUGAGCCUGAAGACUCAAUUCCCCUGCAACAGAACGGGGGGUCACCCGUGUGGGUUGGCACGGCGUGCCCAGUGCGCACAAUGAGCUGUUACGCGUGAACACCACUGUACAAUUACUGUACUUGAGCAGACCGGGGAAUCGAUUUGUGGUGAAUCGGAAUCGCGGUGCGAGAAUCGCUCCGCGUGGGGGGGGGGGCAAUGAGCGCGCGCUGUGAUGACGUCAUCGUGAGGGAGCGCGCCGCGGGUACCCCCGUGACGUCAUUAGAAGCGGCGGAGACUCCGCGCGUGCGAGGGGGUUUCACGCUGGCAUCAUUGUACAUUGAUGGCGCUUACGUUGGACAGCACGAUCGAGAAUUGUUAGAAAAAAUUCACCAAGACCUUGAGCUGUUCACUCAGCAGCUGUCCCUUAAAAAAUACAGGGUGCUGGUGUUCCCACCGCUGAGCAGCCGCUGCCGGUUCCUCACCCACACGGCCGUGGGGCACCACAAACAGCUCAGCAGCUUCUCCAUCGGCUUCGGCAGCCAGCGCCGCACCGUCGUCUGCCACAGAGACCUGCGGUGCACUCCACAAGACUUGCAAGUCGGUGAACCAUCAAACCGCAACAGAUAUUUUAGUUCAGAAGCUCCGACCGCGUCGACCCGAGCUGCCGGAGCGGGCGAAGGCGCGAGGGUUGCGGGCGGCGGUAGCAUCGGCAUGGAGGGCAGGAGGAGCGUGGGCAACCCGGCACGCGGGCGCCAGAAGCGACCGGACAUCCAGCUGUACGUGCCGCGGGGGCGGAGGCACGAGGGUGCCGCCGAGAAUGGGGAGGGUGGCGGCGGUGGCGAUGCGCCGGAGGAGGCCGCGGCAGUGGGGGCGGUGGUGGGGCGUGCGCGGCAAGGAGGUGAUGCGGACGGCACGGCUGCCACGGCCGCCGCCGCAGCGGAGAGGGCGUCUGCAAAAACCAAAACGAGUCGGCGGGGGUCGACGCACGAUCGCAGGGAUGUCGCCAGGAGGAGCGCGGCGCGAUGCGGCGGCACGACGGUCGCGGAGGGCACCGGCGAAGUCGCGCCAACACCAAGCGAUUCCGUGGGAACGGGCGCCGAUCUCGGGGGAACGGGUUUUGCGAGCCGCGCCAACGAGCACGGCUCUGUGCAGGGCAGUGAUGAUGAUAAUUCAAACGACGCCACUCCAUCCUUGCCCCUAAAUGUUUUACGGGUGUCAAACGACGAGGCGCCGCCCGGCUCCGUCGGGUUCAAACGCUUGCCAGGGGAUACGGACGUCCGUGAGGCCGACGAUGCAGACGCCGCGCGCUCCCACAGCGGCCGCCGGAGUGCUGUCGAGGCACGAGUCGCCUGCGGUGCCGCCAACGCGAGCCCAGCCACACCGCGGGCCCCUUGCUUCGCUCGCCGCGCGUCAGGAGACAGCGGCGUGGACCCUGCGCUACACGGCGACCGUAGGGCAUCGCCUGCCGUGCCCUCGCAGGCCGACUCCCAGUGCUCGUGGUCUGCCAACGUGCAUGGCUGUGAGAAGCAGCUUUUAGCAGCGGAGGCAGAUGAUAAUCCAAACAGCCCACCCAUCACUACCAAAGACAACUGGGAUGAUGAUGAUGAUGAUGAUGAUUUACGGAGUAAAACUCCAGCAAAGGGUCCUGUACCUGCCACACCACUGUCCCUUGCAGAAGAGUUACGGUCCCGCUGUGUGGUGGGAGUCGGCGAUGCUCAUUGCUUGUCGGAGGUGGCUGCCCCGGUGGUCACGUGUGGUGCCGCUUUACCGGCAGUGGUGGGAGUAGAUGUGGGAAGAGAAGCGGGAGGAUAUGUGGGAGGAAAUAUGGGAGGAGAUACGGGGGGAGAUGUGGGAGGAAAUAUGGGAGGAGAUGCGGGGAGAGAUGCGGGAGGAGAUGCGGGAGGAGAUAUGAGAAGAGAUGCGGGAGGAGAUGCGGGAGGAGAUGCGGAAGGAGAUGCGGGGGGAGAUGUGGGGGGAGAUGCGGGAGGAGAUGCGGGAGGAGAUGCGGGAGGAGAUGCGGGAGGAGAUGCGGGAGGAGAUGCGGGAGGAGAUCCGGGAGGAGAUGCGGGGGGAGAUGCGGGAGGAGAUGCGGGGGGAGAUGCGGGGGUAGCUGCGGGGGGAGCUGCGAGUGGCGGGGAUGGAGGUGAGGAGCAGCAGGAGGACAGCUGGGACGCCAUGUUCGAUGACAGCGGAGAGUGCCUGGAUGGGCAACUGAUGCAGGAGCUCGCAGGCAACCUGAAGCAGGAGACGGUGACGACGCUUCAGGAGCCGCAGUUCGACUACUAUGGCUACCGGCCAGCAGAGCCCGGCUGGGAUGAUGGCGACUUUGGCCACGUCCUGGAGAUCUACGGCUUCCCAAGUGGCUUCCGCACCGAGGACCUCAUCUCGGCGUUUUCCGCCUUCCAGUCGAGGGGCUUCGACGUGAAGUGGGUGGACGACGAGCACGCGCUCGGCCUGUUCAGCAGUCCCAUCGCUGCUCAAGACGCGCUGGCGAUGAAGCACGCACUGGUGAGGACGCGCCCUCUCUGCCGGGCGAGCAGCCCGACGCGCGACAAGGCCCGCCGCAACCCUGAGUUCCUGCAGCCUGUGAGGCCGCGGCCCCAGACGAGCGCGGUGCUGGCGCGCCGCCUCGUGGCCGGGGCGCUGGGCGUGCGGAGCGGCGCCUCCCCCGAGCAGCGCUCCGCUGAACGCCGCAAACUCCAGGAAGCCAAAGAUAAGAAAAAGCUGAUUGCCAAGCAAAGAGAAGACAUCUGGGAAGGAAGUGUCUGAAAUAGCCCCGCAGAAUAUUUCUUUUUUUAUAUUUAAUUUAAGAUAUUGUGUUUGGUACGGGCCUUAGAGAGCCUGUUUAUUAUGAGGUUUAGAGAAACUUUUUUAGCUCAAGGUUUAGAGAGACCGUGUUUCGUAUGUGGUUUAUGAGACUGUGUUUAGUAUGGGGUUUAGACUUGAGUGGCAUUUAUAGAGACUGUUUAGUACGGGGUUUAGAGAGACUGUGUUAACGAUUGUAUUUAGAGAGACUGUUUAGUAUGAGGUUUAGAGAAACAUUUUGUUCAGGGUUUAGAGGCUGUUUAGUAUGAGGAUUAGAGAGGCUGUUUAGUAGAUAUGUGCAUAUAUGAAGCUACCAUCAUCCAUUGCAAUGAUAACUGUGCCUGUUUUAAAAAAAGUUACUUCAAUGGAUUAGCAGUAGUACAUUAGAAACUCCUUAUUUUUGGGGUGAGAAAUCAGCUCCCCUUUCAUUGGCGUGUACCUCUUAACACAUGGCUGCAGACAUCUCACGCGUGCCGAUGUGGCCGUGUGUUUUCACUGUCGCGGUACCGAGUGGUGGCGCGAUGGGGGGUUGAUAUCCACUGCUGGAUGAAGGCCACCCCUGGACCGGCGGGCGCCAACUCACGGUCUCACGAUAAACCAUCGUCACGCAAACUUCGGUCAACCUCGCAGCAGCAGGAGCGGCUUUUGGCGAGCCCAUCGAACGAAGACGGUUACCGCAUCGCGCACGCUUUUGGAUGCAUUUCUGCUGCCGUCUGGAACGGCCCUCCUACUGCUAUUAGGAAGCCACUGGAGCAAUGCACUUUUAAAUCUAGAUUGAAAACGAAUUUCUUUAAAAUAAAUUUUUGUGUUUAGUUUGUCCUUCCCCCGCACGUCCGAUUAUCGCAGUUGGCUACGUAUGGUGCACAAUAAGUUAAACAUACAGUACAUACAGUGAACAUACAAGCACCCAUACACAAGCAUCACUCCAACGUGGACACUGAAGCAGGGAGUGGAACAAAAAGAGUAAAAUUAUACAAAGCGGCGUGGAGAGGUGCAUGCUGAGAUGUACACUUUGAGACAGCAAAAUUUAAUUAGAAGCGAAGUUGACAUGAUCACCGUAAAUGAAGUCGGUGGGUGUUGUAGCAGCACACAUCACUGCUAGAGCGGAAGAUAGCUGAUGAUCUCGACCGGUGUCGGGGUUGGCAGCUAAAGGAGAGAUCGCGCCCCAAGAGGGCGUCUGCCGUGGAGAUGGAGCAACGCGAUGAGCUCGGUUGCCGGAAUGGGAUUGUAACAUCGCAGGGUCUUGCGGUUGGUGACAUCAUGAGGCCUUCAGCAGUGAAUAAAUGGUGGUUGAUGAGGCAAUAUUUAAACAAUAAUCUCCGCAACCAUUUGAAUGUGGAUAUUGUAAAACUCGUGAAAUGUAAUAUUUAAAAACCCUUAGUUGCACCUAUGUGACUGGUUUAUGAGUCGCCAUUCCAGUUCGUAUGUGGAGUGUUUGUGUGUCUCAGCACUGCGGCUGCAAGAUGCACAUUCUCGGUGUCAAAACCAGGGCUGAGCACAGCGUGAGGACUUUGUACAGCGCUGCCGACGCGCGUCCACACUCGCAGGCGAUCCCCUUGUUAGGGGCCGUCCAUAACGCACCUGGGGGGGCGGGGGGCGGGUCAGACAUUUGUGACG